GUGUAGUCGAGGAUCACUUCAGUAUCAAAUGAACUCGGCCUCCCCUUCCCUCGUCUGUCAGAAGGCUUGGACUACAACGCCCAGAAUCCACAGCCGGUUGGCCGAGGGUUUGGAGAGUUCCAUCUGGAAAAGAUUGUUUCCCUGUUAAUGGCGGUGACCGCACACACCACAGCAUUUAGUCCAGCUGGGCGAUUUCCAAAAGACUAAGGCGCCUGGAUGGAUGGGAGACCACAAGGAAAUCCUGCCAAAGAGGAAGGGAAGGGUGAAGUGCUUCCAUGUUGCUGACCAAAAAGUCAGGAAUGUUGGGGGGAAUGAUUUGGGACAUGAAACAAAUAAUUAGCCUGUUUCACGGGGGCAGAAGCCUGCCUUACUCUGUUUCCCUCCUCCUACUUUAACCUAUCCUAAAAUCAGGAUUAGGAAACGUCAGGGGAACUCACUGCUGUAUUUGUUAGGAUCCCCAAAUGGGAUUGUGCAGAACCCCCCCAUCUGGAUUCGCCCCUGGGGCUUUCAAAGCGUCCGAAAGCCCUUCUCGGCAUCCAGAGAAAUACAUCCCAUCCUGAACGACAGGAAAAAAGCCGUGUGACCCACGUGCUUCCUUUUCAAAAACAGCAUCGCUUGUCCCAUCCCGUACGGCCUGUUUCCUGCCGCUUCCAUCCCUUUCAGUGCAGCUUCCCGGGAUAAACUUGAAGGAAGUGCGCUAACUGCUCCCUCCCCUGCCAGUGCCGGAUGAAGAGCUGGAGCGGAAAAUGGAACAUGUGCAUCGGAGCCACAGUUGUUCCAGCGAGAGCCUCCCCUUAAUUCCCUCGCUGCGCCUUUAAGAUUUGUGGUGUGGUUUUCAGCAGUUGUGUCUGCCCGGGGCCAAGGAGCUGCAGGGUUCUGCGCCAAACUAGAAACUAGAAGGGACCGCCUGCCAGGAUGGCGGGCUGCUGCAGCUUGAAGAGCGUGUGCAGCUACGAAACGGCCAAAGUGGUGCACAUCCAGAGCGUCUACUACGGGAGCCUGAGGUGGGCGAUCCAUUCAGUGGUUUUCCUGUAUGUCUGUGUCGUCCUUCUGGCUGAUCGACGCUAUCAGAAGAAAGAUUCGGUCAUCAGCUCAGUGCAUGUGAAGGUGAAGGGGGUGUCACAGACUGACACAAGGGUUUGGGACACAGCUGAAUACACAAUCCCUGGGCAGGGAGUGAAUUCCUUUUUUGUGCUGACCAACAUCAUCAUGACUGAAAACCAAAUCCAAGGACUUUGCCCCGAGUUUCCUAUCGCCAAAGCUGUGUGCUCCAGCGACAAGAGCUGCAUGAAAGGUCGUACGGAUCCACAGAGUAAUGGAAUCCAGACGGGGAAAUGUGUGAAAUAUAACAGCACCAUCCGAACGUGUGAGGUCUCCGCUUGGUGCCCUGUGGAGUCAGUUAAAACUGCCCCGACACCAGCCAUUCUGAAGAGUGCUGAGAAUUUCACUGUGCUUAUAAAAAACAAUAUCCACUUUCCAAAGUUUAAUUACACGACGAGAAACAUUUUGCCGGAAUUUAAUGCUUCCUGUACAUACAGCAAGCACGGGGCCUCGCUAUGUCCAAUUUUUCGUCUGGGAGAUAUUCUUCAAGAGGCGGGCGAGAACUUUUCGGAGGUGGCUGUUCAGGGAGGCAUUAUAGGCAUUGAAAUUAACUGGGACUGCAACCUAGACAAAUGGCUCCACCGUUGCAGACCCAGCUAUGGUUUCCGGCGUCUGGACGACAAACGAACCAGCGAAGCCUUGUACCCUGGCUACAACUUUAGAUUUGCCAGGUAUUACAAGCAGGCCAGCGGAAAGGAGGAGAGAACCCUGAUGAAAGCCUACGGCAUCCGCUUUGACAUCCUUAUCUUUGGCACGGCUGGGAGGUUCAACUUCUUUGAGCUGCUGGUGUACAUUGGCUCAGCACUGUCCUACUUUGGCCUGGCUCAGUUAGUUGUUGAUUUUUUUCUUACUUCAUAUACGUUCCCUUGCUUCAAAUCCAGCCCCGUGAAGGAAUAUUACUACAAUAAAAAGUGUGAGACAGUACUGGGACCGAGAUGGACUUUGUUGUACGUGAGCUUUCUGGAUGACCCCCACAUCUUAAUGAUCGACAAAUUGUUGAGGACCAGUUUACAGAACGUCAAAGGCAAGAUUAUUCAUAGGCGCCGGGGCGAUUUUAUGCAGACACCCAACCUUCCCCAUCCAGACAACACGGUCUCCCCACGCAACUCGGAAGAGCUGCAGCCCCUCACGAGCCAGCGGGAGGCGCCUUCUUUCCGCGAGCGUCCUUCUUGGUGCAGCUGUGGAAAAUGCCGGCCGGCAGACCCCUUUGGGGAGCAGCUCUGCUGUCGACGGAAGGCCGGGGCGUGCAUCACAGUCUCGCCUUUGUUUGAGCAACUCGUCCUUUCCCGAUCAAUGCUGGAGUUUGUUCUUCUCUACAAAGAGCCAUUAUUGGAUCUGAGGGCCGAGGCCGUCAACAAGCCGUUUCGACACUGUGCUUACGAGCAGUACAUUCGCUGGCGCUUUGGUCAGGGUGACCUGGAAGCAAGGGCCGUGAUACCAAACUGCUGCAGGUGGAAGAUCCGAGAUGCGUUUCCCAGUGAGAACGGCGAAUACAGCGGUUUCUUCGGGAAGAAGAAGUAACCCUCGGUUGCAACUCUGCGUUACAGCCUUAGUGCGGGUACAUGCGCAUGCCGAUUAAGCAGCAUUGCCCUCUCCUUUUCGAAAACACUGCCAUUUGUGCUCUGCCAUAAUCUUUGCUCUUUAGCGUAAUAGCAUUUAGACUAUUAGAUAAGGUCAGAGGAGAUCCGAGUUCCAGUCUCCGCUCAGCCAUGAAAAUCACUGGAAGGCCUCGCGCCACGUUUCAGCCUCACCUACCUCACUGGGUUAUUGGAGAAAAACAAGAUUGGGAAGGGCCAUUUUACACGGCCCCGCUUUCUCAUGUUCAGGCAGCCAAACUACUGAAUCAAGCCUGCUUUUUUUCCCCCCCCCAGAAACAUAGCAGUGGUUUAGGUGUGAGAAAGGGCUCCCUUCCUAAUCCAGGUCGUCUUGGUUGGCUGAUCCCCACACAAAGCCAUCCCUUUCUUUGUUUGUUUUGUUUUGAAGCCAUUCCUACUUGUUCUUUUCCCAUAACUCAGCUGUCAUGGACUGGCUUCUCAGGGAGUGGGGAAAACGCGGUGGCCUUUUUGUUUUUACUCUUGCUUCAUUUUGAACAUUGGUGUUCUGGAGGGAAUCUUCUUUUUAAAUUGUGAAAAUACCAUUAAAAGAAUGUCUGGAUGUUUUCCAUGCAAAAUGCCCCACGUUCAGCUCCAGCAUCUCCAUUUAGAAGGGAGGGAGGUCCAGAUGACAAGAAGGACAGGGCAGAGAAUGUUACAGGGUUAUGCUUUUUUGCGUAAACCAACUCUUCGUUGGAUUUCAUUACUAACAGCACGUUGGUACUGUAAUAGGUCUACACAAAAAGAGACGUAGCCCCAGAGACCUUUCAUGAAUCGUCGUGCUUUGCUUUUUUUAAUCAUUUGGUGGCCUGACACAAAGGACAGCUCUCUUCUAGUCCACAAAGCUGGUCUAGCAAGUUAUGUCACGUGGUGUCUAUUUAUUAGACGCAAUGGAGCACACGUAACCCACAUUUAAGUGGGUGCCAUCCUUUCUGCACUGAUUUACUUGUUUCAAAACGGAAUCGAUUUCUCAGCAUUUUAAUUUUUUUUUUUUUGCAGUUAAUUUUCUUUUAAUCUCAUUUUGCGGUAAAGACUAUAUAUUGCUGCAGAGUUCCUACAUUUCUGCCUUUUCUACAGUAUGUUUAUGUGGAUUCCCUGUGCAUAGU